AUGCCACCUGCCACUAUUUUGAAAAGGCUAGCACAAUCUCCCGCAGCAAAAUCGGUUCAUAUUGAUACACCUGGCUUCGCCUGCGCAGACGACCUCGAAGGCGCAGCGUUUGUAGAGCAAUUUCGGAAAGAUGAAGAGGGUGCGAAAGAGCGCUACUACGAGCAUCUGCAAAGCCUCCUCAAGAAAUACACUGGUGCCUCGCGAGUCGUCAUCUUUGACUACACCAUGUGCCGCCGUGUGCCCUCGCUAGCCGGUAAGAACUCUGAUGGCCGAGAGCAACCAGCGGCCUAUGUGCACGUCGAUCAGAGCAAUAAACAUGUACAUCAGCAUCUUGGCGACGAGGCGGAGUGCGUGCUGAAGCGCCGUGACUGGCCGCUCGCGACAAUGGACUUCACUAGUCUAAAGCCAGAGAACUACCAUCCCACAAACUUGUACCGUAAGCAGUUCGAGCUGGUGGGUCAGUCCUGCAAUAUUUCGCACCACGAAGACCAGCGAUGCGCCUUUGAGCAUCCAGAUACGCCCGAAGAUGCCCCUUUGAGAGAAAGUAUAGAGGUGAGGUGCAUCGUUUGUCAUGAGCAUGAGGACCCCGCGCCGGCCUGA